AUGAAGGAAGGUGAAUCAGUUAACUCCUACUUUGGUCGAACACUGAAGGUAGCCAAAAACAUGAAGGCAUGUGGUGAAAACAUGAAAGAAAAUAUCAUAACCGCAAAAAUCUUGCGGUCAAUGACUGCAAAAUUUAAUUACGUCGUUUGCUCCAUCAAAGAAUCCAAUAAUAUGGAUAUUAUGACCAUUGAUGAACUCCAAAGUAGCUUACUCGUUCAUGAACAGAGAAUGUUGCUCACUCUUGAAGAAGAACAAGUCAUGCAAGUCAUGACUGAUGACAAAAGUGGAAGAGGACGAAGCAGAGGAUGA